GUUUUAAUUGAAAGGAAACACGUGACCAAAACAGUAUUUAGCGGUAAUUAUGUAAACAGAACUCUUGCACUCGUUCUUAUGGGUGAGCACGUUAAGUUCCUGUCGCAGAAUGUCGCCAAUUUGUGUAGUUAUCCAGCUGUUGUUCUUCGUAACGGUUAAAUGCCAAGACCUAGACGGGGCCCCAAUGGUCAAUGAGUCGGAACCUUUGGAGAGCAAUUACACAUCGCAUGCAAAUGGAACGGACUAUCAAAAUCCGAACGAGGAUAACUGCUGUACGACCUCGUUAAUUUUGAAGUUCUUUUCGUUAAUCAUUGGGGGCCUGAUGGUGUUUACCUUGGUUUACUUGCUAAUACAGUGCUGCCACGAUAACAAGCACGUAUCGUUCGCGCGAGUGCGUACAAAUAGGGCGCCGCCCUGCGCCAUUUUCAUGGAAAACUUCCAAAGCAACACCACCCUGAUACCGAACGAGAAGCAGUCGAAAAAGUACGUUUUACCGUACGACGACUCGCUAGAGUACAUCGACAACGAGCCGUUACACACGUACGACUUUCCUAUGCUGAGUCCAUUAUCCAAGGGUGAUAAGAAGUAGGUUAUAUUCUAAUUCGGCUAUAACCUUAUGACCUUGACACUGACUGAUAACAUUCAUAUGUAAAUAGCUAUUUUUUAUAGUAAUGUUGAUCGCACGUCGAUGACAAUUAAUGUUUUUGUACUUAGGUAUUUCUUUAGAUGUAUAUUUUUCUACAUUAUAACGUCUUUUUAGUA